AGCUCUGGGAGGCCAUGGAGAUGGUCUGAGAGGGUCUGUGGAGGUGUCACUUCACACCUCAGACUCCUGCAUAAAACCAAGGCUCUCUGAAUGACCAGCCCACAGGCCAAGCUCUUCAGUUCAGUCCUACUGUUCAACAUACAGGACACAGCAUGGAUAUCUCUGCUCCUCUACUCAGCAACUAUGGUGUUGGUGUGCAGUACCACUGGAGUUAUCCCAGUUCAGACUCUGAGUUCUAUAACCUCUCUUCUCCAGAGACCUGUAUCAUCUCACCGACCUCCUGCAUGGACUUCUCCCUCUCCUGGCUACCUCGGGGGACCGCCACAGGACCUCACAGACCAACAUACUCUGGGGGAGCCAAGGCAUCCGCUUCCCCGUCCUCCAGCGAUGAAGGAAGACUCUCUGGAGGGAGGAUUAGAAAGAACUGCUCCAAGAACCCCAGCAAGCAGAGACAGAGUGCCAGCGAGAAAGAGAAGCUGAGGAUGAGAGACCUGACCAAAGCCCUCCACCACCUCAGGACCUACCUGCCCCCCUCUGUGGCUCCUCCUGAACAGACUCUGACCAAGAUCGAGACGCUGCGCCUCACCAUCAGCUACAUCUCCCACCUGUCUGCCCAGCUGGGACUCAGCGAGGAGGCUCUGUGCCAGAGGAAGGAGCUGAACCUCAACACAUCAGGACACCACAUAUCACCUCAACAAGAGGUGUGCCAGUUCAGCCCCUCCUCAUUGGGGAACUGUUGGAGAGAGGAGGCAGAGAUAGGGAGAUGUGCAGGGCAGCACCAGACCCUCCACCACACAGCCACGUCCACGUACCCACUCCACAAUACGACUGGGAUGGAGAGACACCCGAUCAGCAGUAACGACAACGUUAUCAACUCAAGUAUGGAUUCUCUGUUGGAAUCGCCGGUGUAUGCAGAGACUGCACAGUCAAGUCAGGAAGAUGUGUUUCCCAGGGACCCCCUGCCUCUAGUGUGA